AUGAAGAAGAACGCAAACAUGUCCAAGAAACUGGAAACAGCUGGCGGGAGAUUGUUUGGCUUGGAUAUCGACCUGGUCAAUUUGCGCAAAGAGGUGUAUGACGGGCAGACUCGUAAUCCAGACAUGGAGUUUGGUACUGCCGAGGAAGAUGCAUUUCGCCGCGAUGCAACAGUGAAUGCAUUGUUUUAUCACUUGAAGAAACAGCAAGUUGUCGACCUCACUGGCCUCGGCCUCCAGGACUUGGAUGCGAAGAUAAUGAGAACGCCUCUCAAUCCCAUGCAGACUUUCAUGGAUGAUCCUCUCCGAGUUCUGCGCUUAAUACGGGUUGGAAGUAAGCUUGGCUUUUCUAUCGACCCUGAGGCGGCGUCGUGCAUGCGGAGCACACAGAUACGUCGGGCACUCGACACAAUCAUCACUCGCGACAGAGUUGGCGCUGAGCUGAUCAAGAUGAUGGCCAGUCCAACUCCAGAGAUGGCUUUCACAUAUAUCUUUGACUUGCACCUCUAUGCACCUAUUUUCAUUCGAUUGGAUGCAGAGCUACUUGAAGCACUCGCGCAACAGUUUCCUUUUCUGGGAGUCAACUCAUACUCUCCAUGGCCUACUACCUGGCCUCGAGCAUACGAGCUUCUCGCUCAUGUUCUGCACGACCAAAGCAACUUGUCACUUUUGAUAGCCGCCGACGGCAGCACAGACUCCCUUUGGACAAUGGCUGCGUAUAGCCCACUUGCGGGGUUACGACACAGAUUACUCAAGGAAACGGUACAAGAAGCAGCGGCCUCUAUCAAAACUACGGCAAAGAUAACACAGCUUCUCGAAAGCUCGUUGAAAAAUUUCGACUCCAUUGGCAAGGUUGUGGCAGACGUCACAUGUUCAAAUGAGAAUUGCUAUUCGCGCAGUGCAUGCGGCAUGGCUAUCCGCUCCUGGGGCGCAACUUGGACUACACAAGUCGCAUACGCCAUGCUAUCAGAAGCAGUAUAUGACGAUGCAGAGUACGAAACUAGAGGCGGUCAUGAUGCUGAAUGCUCUCGAGAUGCGCACGCUCGCAAAAUUGUGUUGGACAAGUAUUCAGCUUUUGCCGACUUUAUUAUCCGCCACAACUUGCAAAACGCGCAUUCUCUUCGCCCCUUGCUUAACGGAAGAGAGAUUCAAGAGUUGUUUGGUUUAAAAGAAGGCGGAAAAUAUCUCAAGAAUGUAAUGGAUAAGCUCGUGGAAUGGCAGUUUGACAAUGAGGAUGCCACCACGGAACAAUGCGAGGCGUGGCUAGUACAACAGCGAGACUGCCUUGGGGUGCCCCAAGCUGUCUAG